AUGCUUCCUAAAUUUAAGCUGAGCCUCUGGAAUUGUUACGAGGCAUCGUUGAAUGAUCUACCCAAAACUAACAACGCCGCCGUUGAAGGAUUCAGCUCUCUUUUAGGAGCAAAUCAUCCAUCUAUUUGGAAAUUCAUUGAGGGUCUGCAAAAUCAGCAGAGCCUAAAUGAAUUCCAAAUCAACCAGUACAUUGCUAGAUUACCACCAGCACAGGGACGACGGUGUUAUCGAGACACAGCAUUGCGAAUUAAAGAAAUCGUUAAAGACUAUGGGUAUCGCGACACCUCCGAUUAUUUGCAGGGAAUUGCUCAUAAUUUUCAAUUCCAAUCUUGUUAA